GCCAAAGCUGCAAAAUUUUCUGUUAAAGUCAUUCUCUUCAUUUCACUGUGCCUUGGAGUCUUUUUUUUCAUAGUAUGUUUAGCUUUUGACAGCCAAAUUGCUAAACUGUUCACCAAUGAACAAAUUGGUCAUUAAAGCUGUGUCCAAUCUCUCUCUUCCACUUGCCUUCUCAGUUCUACUUAACAGCUUCCAGGCAGUACUUACAGAAGCGGCUGUAGGUGCUGGUCAACAGAAUAUGGUUGCAUACAUUAACAUCAGCAGCUAUUGCAUUGUUGGGGUUCCAAUUGGGGUUAUUCUUGGAUAUGUGGCUCAUCUGCAAAUCAAGGGUAUAUGGAUUGGAAUGACAAUUGGAGUUGUAAUGCAAGUCAUGGUUCUUGGCUACGUUACAUCAAGAACUAAUUGGGAUGAACAGGAUGAUCACUUACGUGAACAAAGCAUUGGAAAGUCUUAA